CUUGAUAAAGGGUUUUGAUAAAAAUCAAUUAUUGAAUUUGGGGUUUGAUAAAAAGCAAUUCUUGAAUUUGGGGUUUGAGAAAAAUCAAUUCUUGAUAAAGGGUUUUGAUAAAACUCAAUUCUUGAAUUUGGUGUUUGAUAAAAAACAAUUCUUGAAUAUGGGUUUUGAUAAAAAUCAAUUCUUGAAUUUGGGGUUUGAUAAAGAGCAAUUCUUGAAUUUGGGGUUUUGUUUCUUUAGGAGAAUGGUAAGGGAAAAAGUUGAAAUGGAUAAGAGAAGUUAUGUUUUUGUGUUGAAAGGGUGUGGGGUUUUAGAGGGGGUAGGGGUGCAUUGUAGGAUUUGGAAAGUUGGGUUCUUGAAUGAUUUGAUAGUGAGGAAUGGUUUGAUUCAUUUUUAUGGUGAAAGUGGGAGAAUUGUCGAUGCGCGUAAGGUGUUUGAUGAAAGUUUUGUGAGGGAUGUGGUUACUUGGACUAGUUUGAUUGAUGGUUAUGUGAAAGUGAACAUGGUUAAUGAGGCGUUGAGGUUGUUUGAUUUGAUGUGUUUAAGUGGUGUUGAGUUUAACGAUGUUACGUUGAUAACUGUGUUUUCAGCGUGUUCGUUGAAGGGGGAGUUGAGUAUAGGGAAAUCGGUUCAUGAACUCGUGGAGAGUAGAGGUGUUAAAUGUAGUCUUAAUUUGACGAACGCUAUAUUGGAUAUGUAUGUGAAAUGUGGUUGUUUGCUUAAGGCUAAAGAGAUUUUCGAUAAGAUGGAAAUAAAAGAUGUUUUUUCUUGGACAAAUAUGAUUCAUGGGUAUGCGAAAAAUGGGGAGGUAGACUUGGCGAAGAAGUGUUUUAGUGUAAUGCCUGAGCGAAAUGUAGUUUCUUGGAAUGCGAUGAUUGCUUGCUAUUCGCAAAAUAAUAGACCUUGGGAGGCUCUUGAACUCUUUCGUGAAAUGGAGAAACGAGGUUUGGUUCCCAUGGAGAGCACUUUGGUUUCUGUCCUCUCUGCUUGUGCGCAAUCUGGUUCUUUGGAUAUUGGUCGACGAAUUCAUGAUUACUAUAUUAAGCAAAAACGGGUUAAAUUCAGUGUGAUCCUGGCGAACGCGUUAAUAGACAUGUAUGGAAAAUGCGGAAGCGUGGAUGCAGCUGGAGAGCUCUUCCACGAAAUGCCAGAAAGAGAUUUGGUUUCGUGGAAUUCAGUAAUAGUAGGAUAUGCUUCUCAUGGGCUUGCUACGAAGGCUCUCGCUCUUUUUGAACAAAUGAAAAGCUCGGGACUCAAGCCUGAUUGUAUCACAUUUGUAGGCGUUCUAUCAGCGUGCGCUCAUGGUGGAUUGGUCGAUCAAGGCUGGGAGUACUUUAGGAGCAUGGAGUUAAACGGAUUGAUUCCCGGGUCGGAACACUAUGCUUGCAUGGUAGAUUUACUCAGUAGAUCUGGGCUUGUAAAAGAAGCGUUUGAGUUCACAAAGCAAAUGCCGAUGGAACCUGAUAAAGCUGUUUGGGGUGCGCUGCUUAACGGUUGUAGGAUGCAUCGAGAAGUUGAGCUGGCUAAGAUCGCUGCCGAGAAACUUAUAGAACUAGAUCCUCAAGAUAGUGGUAUUUAUGUGCUUCUCGCAACUUUAUGUGCUAAUGAGCGGAAAUGGGCUGAUGUUAGAAUGGUUAGAAGUUUGAUGAGAGAUAACGGUGUCAAGAAGAAUCCAGGAUAUAGUUUGAUAGAGGUCGAUGGUCACUUCUACGAAUUUGUGGCUGCUGACGACUCACACCCCGAAUCUCAGGCAAUACAUAAAAUGCUUGAUGAGAUUAUGUUGCUAUCUACGUUAGAAGCAUGUGUUUCCGAUGCACAAACAGGACAACCUUAACAAGUACAGCGUGGUUCGGCCAGUAAGUCUUGACAGUAAGUACUAACUCAUGAUUGAUCCAUUUAACAAUACAACAACAACAAACCCAGUGUAUUACCACAUAGUGGGGUCUGCGGAGGGUAAAAUCUACGCAGUCCAUACCACUACCUCCGAAGAAGUAGAGAGGCUGUUUCCGAUAGACCCCCGGGAUCCAUUUAACAAUGAAGCUGGUAAAUACUAACACGUCCGUGAAAUUUUCCUAUAGAGCUCGGAAUGUUGUAUGAAGAUUAUGAAGCACCUUCUCACAGCGUUGGAAUGAAAGAUUGCCGGGAUUAGAAGUACUUUCAUGACAAAUUCAACAUCAUCUACAAACAGUUUUCAGGUACAACGGUAACCAUACAUGACAUAGCUCGCUUACCAAGUCGCCCGUUUGAGUUAUUCUUCUUCAGGAGUAUACAUGAUUAUAGCGAUACGUGUAGUUCUCAUCGAACCUCCAUUGACAAGGCUCCGAAUGACUGACACACUGGUAGCUAGAUUUAAACGCGAUGAAUGUUCCCAUAUUCGUGGAGCAAUUGAACAUUGUUGAAGUAGGGAAAAAUUUUCUGAUUUUGACAGUGAUGUUGAAAGUGCCCAUGGCAUUUAGGUGCUUAACAUCACCACCAUCAUCUUCGAACGAGAAGCAACGGAUGCUAAG